CCGUGGCCAUGGCGGAGGCGGGCGGGCGGGACCCCGCCGUGUCCGAGCUGCGGGAGCUUGUGGCGGCUGAGCAGCAACGUGCGCAGUUCACGGCACAGGUGCACAACUUCAUGGAGGUGUGCUGGGACAAGUGCAUGGACAAGCCCGGCUCGAAGCUGGACCAUCGCUCGGAGAGCUGCCUGGCCAGCUGUGUGGACCGGUUCAUCGACACCACCCUGUCCAUCACCCAGCGCUUCUCCCAGAUCCUGCAGAAAGCGGGGCACUGAGCAUGGCCGGCUUCGGCCUCCUCCUUCAGCCCCAGCAGACUCUUGUGAGCUGGCCCCGAGGGCGCCUGUGCACUGCUGAGGUGUUCCUGCCGCAGCCUGGAGAGGCUCUGCCCCACGGGCGCGUCUGGUGCUUUCCCGCUUUUGUAUAACUGUGUCGUGGGCGUGCAAGGUGCGGCUUAAUAAACCACCAAGAAUCCUCCUCCUUGCAAGUUCAUGGCAC